AUGGGCCCUGAAAUGUCGCCCCCAACAUCUGGUAAAAAGGCUUCCCCGGCCAAACGCCCCCCAAGGAAACCCGUAGCUCGCGGCAAGUGGAGUGAGGAGAAGCUGUUGACGAGCGACAAGUCUGUUCUCAUUCAUGAAGACCUUGUGAAGCUCUUAGCGAAACCUGAAGCAUGGAACUUGCUUGAAGAAGCUGAGAAGCGUGAGAUUCUAGCUCUCCUCCCCGCAGACAUCCACCCGGACUGGGAUCUGUCAAAGACAGAUCCCGAAUAUCGAAUUCCACCACUGCCACAGGAAUUUAUUCGAUACUCAACUAAUUGGCGGGAGGGCAUCCGUGUUUUCCAACUCGAUCUGGAAAACGGCCGGUACGAUCCCCAAUGGUUACGCCAAGCCGAAAAUGCUAGGCGCAAGCGCGAGAAUGGCGAUUUCGACAAAUUCAAAGAAAGGGAGUUUGAGGAGUUCUGGGGACAGAAGCAAAGAAUGGACAUGGCGGCCGCAGCUGGCGAGCAUGGUCGUAUACAAUUGCGUGAGCUCGUUGCGGCCGGUGUCAUUAAGCUUGGUGAUGUAUGGCGAUUCAACUUCGUCUUCGGCAGGGAGAAAAUCGACUGGUUAUCGACAAGGAAGCUCGGGUAUGGAUCAUCUAGGUUGAAGACCCCUGAUAUUACAGAUUGCUAA